CCGGUUGGCCGCGUCUGGAGCGGAGGAGCGUCGAGCGUCUUCCAGCUGAAGCACAUCAAGAUGUCCGAUGAAAAGCUGGACAAGAAGAAGACGAUAGACCUGAGGAAAAGGCACAUCGGACCGUCUUGUAAGAUCUUCUUCAGCCAUGACCCCAUCAAGAUCAUCCGAGCCAGGGGCCAGUACAUGUAUGACGAGACGGGCCAGCGCUACCUGGACUGCAUCAACAACGUGGCUCACGUGGGCCACUGUCACCCAGAUGUGGUGAAGGCGGGAGCUCAGCAGAUGGAACUGCUCAACACCAACACUCGUUUCUUGCACGACAACCUGGUCGUGUACGCCCAGAAGCUGCAGGCCACGCUGCCUGACAAGCUGUCGGUGUGCUACUUUGUCAACUCGGGCUCCGAAGCCAACGACCUGGCGCUGCGGCUGGCGAGGCAGUACAGCGGCCACAAAGACAUCAUCACGCUGGAAAACGCCUACCACGGACACGUCACGUCGCUCAUCGACAUCAGCCCGUAUAAGUUCCAGCAGCUGGCGGACGCCGAGCUGAGCCCAUUUGUGCACGUGGCUCCCAGCCCAGACGUGUACCGAGGCCGAUACCGAGCGGACCACCCCGAUCCGGCCACGGCGUACGCGGACGAAGUCAAGAAGAUAAUCGACAAAGUCCACAAGAAAGACGGCAAGAUUGCUGCGUUUAUUGCCGAGUCAUUGCAGAGUUGCGGCGGUCAGGUCAUUCCCCCCGCCGGUUAUUUCCAGCAAGUGGCAGAACAUGUCCGUAAAGCAGGAGGCGUCUUCAUCGCCGACGAAGUCCAGGUUGGCUUUGGCCGAGUUGGCACAAACUUCUGGGCCUUCCAGCUCCAAGGAGACGACUUUGUGCCGGAUAUCGUCACGAUGGGAAAACCCAUCGGCAACGGCCACCCCAUGUCCUGCGUGGUGACGACCAGGGAGGUGGCGGAGGCCUUCAUGUCGUCUGGAAUGGAGUACUUCAAUACGUUCGGCGGUAACCCGGUGUCGUGUGCCGUCGGCCUGGCCGUGCUGGACGUGAUCGUGAAGGAGGACCUUCAGGGCAACGCGCUGCGAGUCGGCCGACACCUGAGCGCCCUGCUGGAGAAGCAGAAGGAGAAGCACCCGCUGAUCGGAGACAUCAGAGGUUGUGGUCUCUUCGUCGGGGUGGAGCUGGUGAGGGACAGACUGAAGCUCACUCCGGCCACAGCAGAGGCCCAAGAAGUCAUAUAUAAGCUGAAGGAGCAGCACAUCCUCCUCAGCGCCGACGGACCUCACCGCAACGUGCUCAAGUUCAAGCCGCCGCUGUGCUUCACCACGGAGGACGCCGACCUGGUGGUGGAGAAGAUCGACCUCAUUCUUACAGAACUGGAGGAGGCGCUGAAGCUGCAUGACGCGCUGAACGCCGACAGCAGCAAAAGAAAGCUGCCGGCUGAUGAGAACGGACACCAGUGUCACGGUGGUUUAAUACGCAGCAGGGGAAGCAGCCAGCAAACCAAACGCCUCAAGACAUAAAGAAACAAAGAACAAACUCUUGAUCUGUGUCAGGAAAGAACUGAUUAAAGAAAACAGGUGCCUUAGCAUUUAAUCGAAUGAUGCUGCACAUCUCUGGGAUUGCAGCGAAUUCUCAGGUUUUAUCUUUUAAAAUCACAUUUAGGAAUCAUUUUCUCAGACUUUAUGACUUGGUGCCAAAAAAUUGCAACUUAUUAUUCAGCAAGAUUUGUGUAUUUUUAUUUAAAUUUUGUCCAAUAUUCACCUGAUUUUCAUUUUAGUAAAUCAAACUAUGUAUAUGUGAGAUUAUGAAAUGUGUUUUUGUGAAUUUAACCAUAAAAUCUAGCUUUAAAAAUGA